CUGUGACAUGUCCAGUAAAAGGUUGUAAAAACACAUUCACUGUCAAAUCAUCAUUUACUGCUCACAUGUCCAGGAAACAUAAAGCAUGUUCUGUGGAUAGCAUAAGUGACAUGUAUAGGGAAACUAUUGCCCGUUCUUCAGCUAUCAGUGCAUGUGAAGAUGCUUCCCAGAGUUCAAACGAUGUCACAACAAAUGAAAGCAUUGAAUUGACAGAAAAUUUCAAUGAGACUUUUCUUAGGAAUCUAUCUUUGUUCUACCUAAAACUGCAAGGGCAGCUUCUUCUUCCAGCUUCAACAAUACAGACGAUUGUAGAAGAGAUGCAAAAUGUGCAUGAGUUGGGACAAGAUUACACUUUAAGUAAACUGAGGUCACUUUUAAAAAAUGACAUGUGUCUAACAGAUGAUGCUAUUGUUAAAAUAUGUGAUUGUGUUAAGGAUACAGAUCUGUUCUCCGUCUGUCAUCAGGGACCACUGAGAACAACAUAUUCAAGAGCUCAGGCAUUCAAAAAGAUGUUCAAGUAUAUAGAGCCUAAAAAGAUAAUAUUAGGAACUGACGAAAAUAUGACACAAAGGUUUGCUUACUACAUACCUGUGAUACAGACAUUGAAAAGCUUAUUAGAAUCUGAAUUAUGGAAGAAUUCAGUGUCACAACAGUCUUGUGAAAUAGACUCAGAUGUUUUUGGUGAUAUAAGAGAUGGACAAAACUUCAAGUCCAACCGGUUCUUUGUUGAAAAUCCAGGAUGUCUGAAGCUAAUUCUGUACCAGGAUGCUUUUGAAAUUGUCAAUCCCCUCGGCUCUGCUAAGAAAAGACACAAAGUUGUUGCAGUCUAUCUUUCUGUGGCAAAUUUACCUGCUCAUGUCCGGUCCAGUACUGAUCACAUAUCCCUUGUCUUACUGUGUGGAGAGAAUGACCUAAAACAAUUUGGAAGUGCUAAGGUUUUCUCUGAGAUGUUAGUAGAUUUAAAACAUUUAGAGGAAAAUGGAAUAACUAUAGGUGGUGAAACAAUCAAAGGGGCACUGUAUUGUAUUGCUGGUGAUAAUUUGGGUUCACACAGCAUUGGUGGGUUUACUGAAAACUUUAGUCGUUCUCAGUACUUUUGCAGGUACUGUGAAAUCACACAAAGUGAGUUUCAGAGUGAUGAUCCAAAUGUAUGUGGUCCACAGCGCACACCUGAAAGUUACGAUUCUGCCGUUGGUGAUCUACAAGCUGAAGACUGUGGAGCCAUCAAAGGCAUAAAGAAAUGACUGACUCGGAGCAAACAUUUCUACGCACCGCAAUCACUGAGGUCUUGCCUGACCUUCCAGAGGUGGCAAAAGAUAUUCUAGAAGAGACCUUACAGUCCCUUGGGGUGGAGACGUAUGAUGAUUUUGAGUUUAUUGAGGAAGCCGAUUUGCUGUCAGUGUUGAGGCCAAUUCAAGCCCGAAAACUCCUUUCUGCAUGGAAGCUGAGGUGCCAGACACCUGAAAGAAGCAGCACAUCUAUUGAUGCCUCGCCAGG